AUGCUACUUACUAAUCAACGGCCUCAAUCCUACCAACCUCGAGUAAUAACAUCUCAGCCAAGUCCGGUUGGCAGAGCAAAUGGAAGUAAACAUCAAAAUUAUUUUUCUGAACGAAGACAUAAUCUUCCUUAUCGUUCUCGCUCAUUAGAUACGGAGCAAAGAUAUAUUGACGACGAUUUUAAUUACGAUGAUGAUGAUGACUGGAGACACAUCAAAAACGUCGUGCAAAAUACUACAAAACGUGUUUACAACUACCAGCCCUAUAUUAGUUCACAAGCAACAGGAGUUAGACCACGAGUUUAUUUAAAUGAAUUUUAUUAUCGCCAAAAUAAACCAUCACCACGUUUUGUUGAUGAAAGUGAAUGGUAUGCUUUGGAUCGAUCAAUUCAAAAUUAUCGUGAUGAAAUGAAAGUAAAACCAAAAUAUUUUAGCCCAAAUAGAACAUCAGGAUCAUCGCCGAAAUCAGAUGCAUUUUUUAAGCGACCCUUACGGGUCACAUCGUUUUUAGAUCGAGGUCGAACUGUAAUGAGGCCCUUGACACCGGUGAUUCGACUGUCCGAUAAGCGAAAGGAUAAUUUGAUUCGUCGACAUUCUGUUGACUAUAUUCCUAGUAGUAUGGAGUAUAGAAGAAUAAAUCAAGGAGAAAUCGUUGCUGAUGGACGAAAUUCGUAUUAUCCAAGAUGUUACGAUGCGCGUGUUCAUACUGGUAAUAUGGAUAAUAUCUACUAUCAGCAGGAAAAUGCAUCACGAUCACCAAGAACAAUAGAUGCUUUCAAAAAUGAACGAAGCAUUUUUAACAGACAGUAUGGUGAACAAAGAUUCUACAAAAUACACUGUUGUUGUUUUAGUUUUCGUUGGCCACCAUGUGUAUUUGAAGAAGUUGCUCCACCACAACCAAUUUCAUUUAAUAUUUUAGUAGCGAUUAAAUUUUUUUUUUAA